UCCAACGGUUUAGAUUCUUCUCCGCCUAUUUUUUCGUUUUCACCACUUUUUUUUUUUUUUAAUAGUUUUCCCUGUUUACAUUGUCUACCAUUCGAUUUACCGGGAAAGUGUCUAUAUGAGAAAGAUGAGACCAAGCUCCUUUACGUAUUUCAUAUCUUGUCUGUCUCGUCACCCUGAAAAACAUCUUGAUUUUUUUUUUCUUUUCAUGUAUUCCUUUAGUUGAAGGCUCUGAACCCUCACUGGAAAAGGGUUUCCGGAGAAAUAAAUCGCUUGAACUUUCAUCAAACAGGAGAAGAAAUCUGCAAAAAUGCUUCUCCGAAGCUCAUCAACCCCUAUCCUGAAAACAUGCAUUCCUCAGAGCUCAGCUGCGGCUAGCUCCUGUCGUAGGAUCCCAUCAAAACCGAUUUCCUUGACACCCUCACCGAUCAACAAAAUCCAAAGAACAUGGUCAGAUGGCAACAUGAAGCAAAUUGCUAUUCCAAAAGGGCAAAAGUUACCUGUCAGUCCCAUGUGGUCUCCAAAUUCUGUUAAAGAAGAAGAUUUCAGCUUCAACACUCCCUCUCUUGUUGGUGGCGCUGCUGACGGGGAUGGAGCAGAAGGGUUUGGAGAUUGGGAUCGAGGGAAACAAAGAAUGGAUGAAUAUUAUGAGAAUAUGAUCAAAACUCACCCAGGAGAGACUCUUUUGCUCACAAACUACGCUAAAUUCUUGAAAGAGGUACGAGGCGAUCUUCUGAAAGCUGAGGAGUAUUGCCAAAGAGCGGUUGUGCUGAAACCAGAUGAUGGGGAAAUUUUAUCAAUGUAUGGAGAUUUGAUAUGGAUUAACCACGGUGACGGAGCUCGUGCUCAAUCUUAUUUUGAUCGAGCUGUUGAGGCUUCUCCUGAUGAUUGCCAUGUCCUUGCAUCUUAUGCUCGAUAUCUUUGGACUGCUGAAAGUGAAGAGGAAGAAGAAGGGGGGAAAGAUGAGCAGAAGAAUGAACAUCAAAUCAAUGGUGCUAAAAUAUACACACCCCAGCAACAUGCCCCAUUUUCCCUGGGACGUCCCCACUUGGCAGCUGCUUCUUAUUAACCUUUUGCUUCAAAUUGAGUCCUUUUUCAUGCCUCUUUUUCUCCCAUUAUUAAAAACC